AUGCUUCGAAAGUUUUGGGAGCUGGAAACCGUCCAUGAUACCAAGGGUUGGUCAGCCACGGAUAAGUUUUGUGAGGAGCACUUCCUGGCCAACACCACACGGACGCCGGAAGGUCGAUACGUAGUCAGGCUACCAAAACGUGAAGAACUCAUCGCUCAGUUGGAUGAUAACAUGUACCAGGCCACUAGACGCUUCUAUUCGUUGGAACGUUCUCUAAUGUCGGAUGCACAGAAAAGGAAGCAGUAUCAUGAUUUCGUCACCCAAUACAUUGAAAUGGGGCACAUGCGUGAAGUUGCAGAAGAGAAACUGAACGUCAGACCACAGUUUAUCCUACCACAUCACGGGGUCUUGAAACCUGAGAGUACAACCACCAAACUCCGAACCGUGUUUGACGCAUCCUGUAAAUCACGUUCGGGAUCGGCUCUUAACGACGUUAUGAUUCCUGGUCCCACAAUCCAGGAAAUGCUAGUGGAAAUAGUGCUACGAUUCCGAUUGUAUCGUUUCGUCGUGACCGCUGACAUUGAGAAGAUGUUCAGACAGAUUCUGGUCCAUCUCUUGGAUCAAUCGUUGCAGCGCAUAUUGUGGCGUGAUGACCCUGAACUCCGUUUGAAAGUGUACCAGUUACUCACCAUUACGUACGGUUUGAACAACUCGCCUUUCAUGGCAACUCGCGUUUUGCAACAGCUAUCCACAGACGAAGAACAGCGAUUCCCACACGCAUCAAGAAUUACUCGAAAGGAUUUUUAUGUGGAUAACCUCCUUACCGGUUCCAACGACGUGGAACAGCUGAAGCUGAUUGUGAACGAGAUGAUUGGGCUUCUAGCAGCCGGAGGAUUUCCUCUUCGACAAUGGUCUUCGAAUUGUCAAGACGUGCUGGAUGUCGUUCCAGAACACCUCCGAGAAACGCGUACGCUGCUAGAACUAGAUCGAGAUACCUCUGUUACCGCUCUUGGUCUACGCUGGGAACCCACCACCGAUCAACUGUCAUUCAAACCUCCAAAGUGGAAGGAUAGCCAGCCAAUCACUAAGAGAACCGUUCUGUCACAGAUGAGUAGCCUGUUUGACCCACUCGGGCUGCUAGGCCCAAAAGUUGUUCAUGCGAAGAUCAUAAUACAAGCCCUCUGGAAGUGUCAACUAGAAUGGGAUACACCGCUUCCAGUGAAGUUCGUGGAAGAAUGGACGUCGUAUCAGCGAGAUAUACGUCACCUAGAUGGUCUUCGCAUUCCGCGGUUGGUCAUGCUCUCACCGCACCAAAGGUUAGAAAUCCAUGGAUUCAGCGACGCCUCCCUGCAGGCAUAUGGAGCCUGCGUGUAUAUCAGGUCGGUCGACGCAAAAGGCCAAUGCUAUGUCCAAUUGCUAACGGCCAAGUCCCGUGUAGCUCCACUCAGUAGUAAGUCAAUUCCGAGAUUGGAGCUCUCCGCCGCGCUACUCCUAGCGCAUCUCCUGGCUCAAGUUCUAAAGAGCACCUCACUCGUGGCUCCAGUUUAUCUUUGGACAGAUUCGACCGUAACACUGGAUUGGAUCUCUGCUUCACCGUCGACCUGGAAGACUUUCGUCAGCAACAGAGUAGCAGAAAUUCAGGAGUUGACCGCUUCAGCCUCCUGGAAUCACAUACCCUCCGACGAAAACCCCGCUGACCUGUUGUCGAGAGGAACCAGCCUAGAGAAUCUAGUAGAAAAUACUCUAUGGUGGAAUGGACCUAUCUGGAUCAGAUCGUUAAGUGAACCGUGGCCGCCGAAUUACGUGUCGCGUAAACAGAAUCGUGAAGGUCCAGAAUUACGGAAAGUUGUGGCGCUGCCUGUCUUUACAGAGCCAGAAGACAUCAUCGAUCGCUAUUCAAGCCUAACCCCUCUCGUUCGCGUGUGCGCGUGGUGGCACCGUUUUCGUGAGAACACUCGUCGGGUGAAGAAUGAACGCGUAACCGGUCCGUUGUCGGCGUCGGAAAUCGAUCGUUCGUUACUCGGUCUCAUAAGUCGUGUGCAAGAAGACGCGUUCGGUUCUGAAAUGAAGCAACUCGCUCGAAACGAAGCCGUAAGCAAGAAAUCCAAAUUACGUUUCCUGAAUCCGAAACUCAUCGAUGGAUUGAUCCGAGUUGGCGGCCGGCUUCAUCAUUCUGCUCUCGCCGUUGACAAACGGCACCCUGUGGUACUGCCUGCAAACCAUCGUCUCACCAGAAUGAUCGUCUCGCUCGAGCACCUUAAAACGCUUCACGGUGGCCCGAAUCUUCUUCUUUCAUCUCUGCGUCGUCGCUUCUGGCCACUGAAUGGUCGGAAUCUCGCCAGUACCACCGUGCAUCACUGUGUUAUCUGCACUCGUGCCUCCCCGAAGUCGUUGGAGCAACUAAUGGGUAAUCUUCCGCCGGUUCGAGUAACCAGAGCAUUCCCGUUCGAGAAUGUUGGGGUUGACUUUGCCGGCCCAAUUAUGCUUCGAGCACCCAACAAAAGAGCAGCUCCUGUCAAGGCGUACGUAGUGGUCUACGUGUGCUUGGCUGUCAAGGCGAUACACCUUGACCUCAUUUCCGAUUUGACAUCGGAGGCAUUCAUCGCUAGCUUGCACCGUUUCACCGGAAGACGUGGCAAGCCCAGCAACAUAUACUGUGACAAUGGUCGGAAUUUUGUGGGAGCUCAACGUGAGUUAGCAGAUCUCCGCACACUAUUCGUUUCUCAACAGCAUAAAGACGUCGUAGCUCGUGAGUGCACUACGAGUACCAUCGAAUUCCACUUCAUUCCUCCCAGAUCGCCAUCGCUAGGCGGAAUCUGGGAAGCGGCGGUGAAGUCAAUGAUGUUCCAUCUCCGCCGUAUCAUGGGAAACGCUAUGCUGACAGAAACUGAAUUCAGAACCGCCCUCGUCCAAGUUGAGGCUGCGUUGAAUUCAAGACCAAUAACUUCUGUGUCAGAGGACCCGCAAGACUUCCAACCCUUAACUCCAGGACACUUCCUGGUGGGAAGGCCGCUCAAUGCUAUUCCAGAGCCCAGCCUGCAAGAUGUUCCAGAGAACCGCUUGUCCCGCUGGCAACGUGUCCAGUGCCUGUCUCAGCAGUUUUGGCAACGCUGGCAGAAGGAUUACCUCUGUACCCUCCACAACCGCUACCGCUGGUCAAAUACUACGGCCAACCUCGUCCGUAGUGCCAUCGUUCUGCUACGAGAUGAAAAUCUGCCGCCGCAGAAGUGGGCCGUUGCAAGAAUUGUCGACGUCCAUCCAGGAACCGAUGGGCUUGUCCGUGUAGCUUGGGUUAGGACCAGUACCGGAGUUACGAAGAGAGCUGUAAGCAAACUCUGCCUGCUACCGGUGGAGAUAGAUCCAGAGACAAUCCAGCAGCAAUCCCCGUCAUCAUAUGACUCCAGCGCCGAUGAAGAAUAA